AGGACGCAGAAACAUUUGAGAAAUGCUCCAGACGCAAUACUUGACUCUUUGGUAUCAACCCUGCGUUCUCCUAGACUGUUACUCUGAACUCCCAGCCUUUUUGUAAAGAGGAACACCCCGUCACUUUUCUAGUAGCAGAUUCGUCAAAACACGCCCAAGGAAAGGAAACGGAGAGGGGCGUCUGGCUAGAGAAGGUCGAGGCGCAGGCGGGUCGGGGACCACCCCAGCCGCCUCCCCUCCUUCGGCGUCUCCCGAAUCAGGACCGGGUCCUGGCCGUCCGUGUGGAAAGUGCGGCGCAGGCGCAGGCGCGCGGGCGGGAAGAUGGCGGCUGGGUUCAAAACCGUGGAACCACUGGAGUAUUACAGGAGAUUUCUGAAAGAGAACUGCCGUCCUGAUGGAAGAGAACUUGGCGAAUUCAGACCUACAACUGUCAACAUAGGUUCAAUUAGUACUGCAGAUGGUUCUGCUUUAGUGAAGUUGGGAAAUACUACAGUAAUUUGUGGAGUUAAAGCGGAAUUUGCAGCACCACCAGCAGAUGCCCCUGAUAAAGGAUUUGUUGUUCCUAAUGUGGAUCUACCACCCCUGUGUUCAUCAAGAUUUCGGUCUGGACCUCCUGGAGAAGAGGCCCAAGUGGCCAGCCAGUUCAUUGCUGAUGUCAUUGAAAAUUCACAGAUAAUUCAGAAAGAGGACUUAUGCAUUUCUCCAGGAAAGCUUGCUUGGGUUCUAUACUGUGAUCUUAUUUGCUUAGACUAUGAUGGAAACAUUUUGGAUGCCUGCACAUUUGCUUUGUUAGCGGCUUUAAAAAACGUACAGUUACCUGAAGUUACUAUAAACGAAGAAACUGCAUUAGCAGAAGUUAAUUUAAAGAAGAAAAGUUAUUUGAAUGUUAGAACUCAUCCAGUUGCAACUUCCUUUGCUGUGUUUGAUGACACUUUGCUCAUAGUUGACCCUGCUGGAGAGGAGGAACAUUUGGCAACAGGAACCUUAACAAUCGUAAUGGAUGACGAAGGCAAGCUCUGUUGUCUUCACAAACCAGGAGGAAGUGGGCUGACUGGAGCUAAACUUCAGGACUGUAUGAGUCGAGCAGUUACAAGACACAAAGAAGUAAAAAAACUGAUGGAUGAAGUAAUUAAGAGUAUGAAACCCAAAUAAACAGCCACAUUUUCAAAACAGACUUGUAAAAACUGUAUUUGUUACACUGUGCACAAACCUUUUAUACUAAAUAAAUAUCAAACUACAUUCUUCUGAAA